AUGAAGAGUGAAGGAAAAGUAGCAGCAUCAGGAGAGAAGAAGGUGACAGCACCAGCCGGCAAGGCCCCAGCAAAGAGCGUGGGUGCAGGCGAGAAAAAGAAGAAAAAGGUAGCGCACGUCGCAAGGAGCCAGUACAACUUCAGAUCGUCCGUGAAGAGAAUGCUCAAGAACACCUACCAGGCAGCACCCCCCCAGGUCAGCGGGCCAGUGGUUGAAAGCCUCUGCAACAUCGUCUGCGACAUAAUCGAGAAGAUUUCGUACGACUGCGAAAUACUCGCCAGGAAGGUGGGCAAACAGACAAUCAACCUUGAGGAGGUCACUGCAGCCACUCUUGUAAACUUAACAGGAGAACUCCGAACACACGCACUGAAGGAAAUUAAAGAGGCCGUCGCAAAGGUCCCAGCAAGAUCCUCCAAGUAG